AUGUUGAAGCGGGAUAUAUCAGAAGAGCUAGAGGGACCGCAGCCCGAGAGGAGACAGGUUCUCGAUGGGCUGUUGAAUUGGUUGGGUGACCACUUACCCAGUUUCGACCACAGAGUAAAUCGAAAGGUUCAAUGCAGUCGGGUGGUUAGAGCGGCGCGGUUUUGCUUUAUCUUCACAGUAGUUCUGUUGUGUCUGGUGCUUCCAAUGUGGAAUGUGAUGAGCAGGACUCGUCGGGUGUUCAGAAUGGUUCAAUACACUAAAAGGCGGAUCUUCAGAUCACACUCGUGGGUUCAUAGAUCCCUGCUUUACCAUAAUCAAUCAUUCCACCAGUUUGUGCUGUGGUCUUUAAUCGUUGCAACGUUCACCUGGUAUGGAGUUGAUCGUGAUCUGGUGCAAGUGACAAGGCGAAUGGGAAGGAUUGCGGCGGCUUUGAUGCCACCGCUGCUGUUUCUGACUUUGAGACCUUCGCCUCUGCCGGAAACCUUGUUUUUAGCGCUGAUCCCGAUCCAUAAAUGGAUCUCGAGGGUGGUGGUGGUCGAAUCGUUACUGCAUUCUUUGCUCUACAGCUGGUUCAUGGCUAGAAAACAUGCCUUCUGGAUCAAGAUUAAGAAACCUGCAAAUAUGUAUGGUGUGGUAGCCAUGGCCCUGUUUCUGCUGAUAGGUUUUAGUUCGGUGCGAACGGUGAGACGUAGACGAUUCAGAGUCUUUUACAGUGUACAUUACAUUAGUACCUGGCUAUCCGUCAUUUUAAUACAUUUCCACGCAAGGCCUGGGGUUCCGUACUACACAUUACUGAAUUGUACUAUACUUGCUGCGCAAAUAUUGUAUCGCGUAUUGCAUACAAGGACCGCUACGAUAUCCGUCAUAAGUAUUUCAGAUUCACUAGCGCUUGUCGAGUUCCCUCGGGAAGCGCUAUCCUCCAAACAGGUCUUACCCUCGGGACAUGUUAGGAUUAGUACUUGGGAGAAAAACUGGCUGAAAAGGUUGCUUGGACAAGUGGUUCCUCUGCAACACCCCUACACGAUAGCUAGCUUGCCAACAGAUGAAACAGUAAAGCUGAUCGUUAGAAAUGGCAAGUUUCCACUGAUCUCUAACAGACUGUACUAUAUCACUGGUGCUUUUGAACCAAGAUUUACAUUUAUGAAGAAUCCAAGGACACGCACUACCUCACUAAUUCCCUGGCCGAGGCCCAAUCCGUUCCAUAUGGCUUCACGAUCAUUAUUGCAUAGCCCUUUAAAUUAUGAUAUCGCGGCUCGUCGAGUACUUAUGUGUGUUGGGGGCUCCGCUAUCUCAUUUGCACUGCCGUUGCUAAGAAUCUUAAACUUUAAUGGUGUUAAUGUCAAAUUAAUAUGGGUUGUCCGAGAUUUAAAAGAUCUAAAAGUACUUUAUCAUUUCAAAAACAACUUCGAUGGCCUUGAAAUUUAUAUCAGUGGCACCUCUGGAAGCGAGCAGGACAUCCAAAUUGAUUACAUUGAUUGCUACGAUGAUUCUGAUACUUCGCCUCAUGCUCCUAGCUCAGGAGUGAGAGAUCCCGGGGCUGCGCCGCCAAUGCCUCCGACUGAGCAAGCUUCACUGCUGGAAAAUGCUACCGGAAGUGGCUAUUGGUCAACAGGGAAUAAAAGGUAUGGACCAUAUAGCGUUAAGCAUUCGCUCUCGGGGGUGAGUUGUAUCGGAUCGGACAAUGCCAAUGAUGAAAUUGAUUUCACAAAAACGUUCGCUGCUCGCAACGCAAGAUCACAGUCAAUCAAUAAUUGGGACACUACAGUGAGCUUACCCAUGUCAGCAAAUAACAUUUUCAGAAAGCCUUCAAUUAUUGAAGGCCCUGCAAGCCGAAACUCUAAUUUUGGUGAUGAAUCCUAUCCUGGAGAGCAGCAGCGCCCGACAGAUUCUGAUACAAAGCUGAAGAUACCUUCAAGCGUAAAAGUCGUGUUUGGGAGACCUACUUUGGGUGGUACGGAAUACAAAUGGUGUCUGCAACGAGAGUGUGAUGCUGAGACUGCGAGGGACAUCUGCUGCCGACUGAAUGGCGAGGACAGUGAUCUCGUCGAUAGUCUGGCAGAAGUCGCAGUCAUAGCUGCCGGUCCCCCUUCGCUGAUUGAGAGCGCGAGACGCUUCGCUACCGAUGCAGGUUUACUCUUUCAUGCGGAGAGCUUUGCUGUUUGA